UUCAUUUGAAUUCGGUCGAUGUAUGGAAUGUUUGGUAGCUGAGAGAUAGAAAGUCAAAAGUGUGGGAUUGGAACAAGAAAUACUAUGGAGUGUGGGAGUGAGAACACUGGUCAACGCCGUGUUGGUUUGCUAUACGAUGAGAGGAUGUGCAAGCAUCACAAACCAGACGAUGAUUACCAUCCUGAGACCCCUAAUCGCAUUCGAGCUAUUUGGAACAAGCUCCAAAGCGCUGGCAUUCCCGACCGAUGUGUGAUUUUGGAUGCCAAAGAAGCUGAAGAUAAAUAUUUACUUUCAGUUCAUUCCAAAAACCAUGUAAACCUGAUUAAGAAGAUCAGCUCAAAACAGUUUGAUUCUCGGAGGCAUAAGAUUGCGUUAAAAUUGAAUUCUAUAUAUUUUAAUGAAGGUUCAUCAGAAGCUGCUUAUCUUGCUGCUGGCUCUGCUGUAGAGGUGGCUAAAAGAGUGGCAAGCAGGGAAUUGCAUUCUGCUGUUGCUAUUGUUAGGCCUCCAGGUCAUCAUGCAGAACACAAUGAAGCCAUGGGGUUUUGUCUGUUCAACAAUGUGGCGAUUGCUGCCACUUAUCUCUUAGAUGAAAGACCAGAAUUAGGUGUAAAGAAAAUUUUAAUUGUUGAUUGGGACGUCCAUCAUGGAAAUGGUACUCAAAAAAUGUUCUGGAAUGAUUCUCGAGUUUUAUUCUUCUCUGUUCACAGGCAUGAAUUUGGGAGUUUUUAUCCAGCUAAUGAUGAUGGAUUUUAUACCAUGAUCGGAGAAGGAGCAGGUGCUGGAUAUACUAUAAAUGUGCCCUGGGAGAAUGGGAAGUGCGGUGAUGCAGAUUACUUUGCAGUGUGGGACCACAUCUUGCUCCCUGUUGCCAAAGAAUUUAAUCCAGACAUAAUUAUAGUUUCUGCUGGAUUUGAUGCAGCUGUUGGUGACCCUCUAGGAGGAUGUCGUGUCACACCAUUUGGUUAUUCUGUUAUGUUGAAAAAGUUGAUGAAUUUUGCUGAAGGUAGGAUUGUACUGGUUUUAGAAGGAGGAUAUAAUCUUGACUCCAUUGCAAAGUCAAUGCAUGCUUGUCUGGAAGUUUUGCUAGAAGACAAGCCUGUUAUUGGAUCCUCGGAGGCCUAUCCAUUUGAGUCCACAUGGCGUGUGAUUCAAUCGGUUCGCCAGGAGUUGAGUCCCUUUUGGCCUACCCUUGCCUUGGAAUUACCACAAAAAUUAAUUUGUCAAAUAGCACCACCUCCGCACACUCUUAUCUCAAGCUCAGACUCUGAGACGGAAGAUGAUAAGGGUCCACUCAAUUCAAAAAAUCUUUCAGAGCUUCUCGAGGAUGUCAUAAAACCACUUUCCAAUCUGAAAGUGGAUGCAGGUAAUUAUGAUCAAGAGACUGCUUCUAGUUCUUGGCGAUCAGAAUUGUCAAAUAUUUGUGUAUGGUAUGCCUCUUAUGGAUCAAAUAUGUGGAAAUCAAGGUUACAUUGCUACCUAGCGGGUGGACAGGUGGAAGGUAUGCAGAAGCCCUGUUCCGGUUCAGUGGACAGAACUCCGCCGAAAGAAAUCCUGUGGAAGACUUUCCCUUGCCAUAUAUUUUUCGGUCGCGAUUCUUCGCAUGCAUGGGGUCCUGGAGGGGUUGCGUUUCUGAAUCCGGAGAGGAACUUUCUUCACAACGCCUACAUGUGCCUUUACAAAAUUUCGCUAGAGCAGUUCAAUGAUAUUUUAUUUCAAGAAAAUCAUUUAAGCCUUAAUGCUGACUCUCCUUUAUUGGAUAUAACUACACUAAAUGCUAUCUCCGAGAAGGAGUUCAAUUCUCAGGAGGUUGUUAAGGGUGCUUGGUAUGGUAACGUUGUCUACUUAGGAAAGGAGCAGGAUAUUCCCAUAAUUACCAUGACGGGUUCGCUUCUUAAUAUUGAACACUUCAAAUCUGGGAAGCUACCAUUACGUGCUCCUAAUAAAGCAUAUGCCAACACCUUAAUAAAAGGGUUGGUAGAGGGAGAACAGCUUUCAGAGGUUGAAGCCAUUGCUUACAUAGAUGCUGCUGCUAAAUCGUUUUAAUUUGCAUACGCAUGUCAUUGACAUGGGUGUAAAUCUUCUUUGAACAGCUUGCUGGUACAGAUAAAAGUACUUAUUUGUGGUAGACUACAAAACCCCAUUGUAGUGCUUCAAUGCUCAACAUAUAUUUUCCAUUACGCGCGUUGGCAGCUCUUUAUUUGCUACAGUACUGUUGCCUGCAUUGCUUGUAUAAUAUUUGAAUGGAUUGCAUGUAUAUUUUUGAAAACUGGUAAAAUUUGG